GGACUGGGUUUCUCCAUUGAGGGUGGCUUUGAUUCGCCGCUGGGAAAUAAGCCUUUGGUUGUGAAAAAGGUCUUCAUGGGCGGCGCCGCACACAAAACUGGUCAAGUGCGAAAUGGUGAUGAAAUACUAAGCAUAAAUGGUGCCUCCACAGCGAAGAUGACACGCGUCGAUGCCUGGAACUACAUGAAACAGCUGCCCAUGGGACCAGUUAAGAUUGUCUUCGCUUGAUGGGAGGAAGUAAAUAAAGCUUAUAUUUUCUGUAAUUAAAGAGGAACAUUGAAAAUGUUAACGUUGUGAAAGCUGCAACGACUUGUAAUUAGGAUAUAUACAAAUUUGAGAAGCGUUUUUGUUCUAAUAUUUUGGUACUUAUGAAAGAAAAAACACUAUAAAACGUAGUAAAACGUAGUGCAUUAGUUAUUUAUAAGUUUUGCUUUACUUUAAUUUUUUUUGUGCCGAAUUUUAUGUAGUUUGACGAUUUCUGAUUUGUUCUAAAUAUUUAUAAUUUCUUUAUUUUAUCAUAUGACUAAUCUUGCUAACACAUUCGUAGCCGUAAGUCUCAAAAAAGCAGUGUUUUUGUUAAUAGUUUUGUAAUAUAUAUUUUUUUUUUUCUAUAAGCGACACACAUACUUACAUAAAUGUUGAGAGAGUGUAAUCAGGUAUUUAAACGCAAAUUAACUGAAUGUUCGAGAACAAAAAAUAGAAGUGGAUGGGGAUUUUUAAUGGCUUACAUUUUUAUGAAAAGGGUAUAGAGACGAUGCGCAUUUUUUAAUCUUGCCAUUUGCAGCAAAGCGAAUGCAAUUUAAAUAUUUGUGUCUGCAGUUUUUGCCAGAAGUUGGGUAACAAAUUAUAAAACGGAAAAUAGAAGAUAAAAAAAAACAAAAUAAUAUAUUAAUUAGUGGCCUCAGAACUUGCAUUUACAAUUUUUUUUAUGAUGCUUUGUAAAAAAUUUAUUUGAGAUUGUUACCUCCUUAUGUCUGUUGUUUUUGUAUUGUAAUACUUUGUGCAACUGCAGUUUUACUGAAACAAAGCAGAAAAACAAAUGCAUAUUUUUGAUUUUAUGCAAAACACUUACAGAGCAUUUACUGAAAAUUAGUAUUGAAAUUUUUUUAUUGCUGUACUUAAAGUAGGGUAUAUCGAAUGUGAA